AUGAAUGGCUUCCUCCUAAGUGUAGCACUUGUCGGGUUUUUGGCUAUUCUACUGAAAAAAUGUCUUAAAAAGCAAAUUCAAGUUUGGGUCCCAAAACCAAUUGAAAAUGGUAUGGAUAAAAAAGCGGGUAAUGGAGUUGAUGGUGGUCCAUCCAAAGUGUGUGAUGAAGGCAAAAGAAGCCAGGAAUUUUCCCCUAUGAAAGAUGAUGGAUGGCAAAAAGCUACAUCUUCGGGAAAAAGUAAACAAAAAGAGGAUCAUGAUACGAACUCAAUUCCUAUUUCAAACAUCUUUGUAAAUUUGGAGCUUGAAACUUUGGCAGAGCAUGUGGAGCUGGCAACCCCUACACCUCCAAAUCAGUCCAAAACGAGACAAAAACCAGCUUCGCAAGUGCUAACAAAGAGCAAAAAAGGUGGAGUCAAAUCUACUCCAUCUUCUGUUGUACAUUCUAUUGCUCCUGGAUGGUCAUCUGAACACAAUUUUGACUUUUGCUCUGUGGGUAGAAUAAUUCUCUGUUGGAAUACUUCUACUUUAUGUGUUCAAAUCUUAGGAAAGUCUGCUCAAGCUCUACAUUGUCUAGUUGAUAUAAGAUCUAGGAGAAUAUCGUUUUUUGCUACUUUCAUUUAUGCCGAAAAUGUUUCUAGUUUGCCGCAACUGCUCUGCAAAUAUAUUAGGCAGCUACACUCUACCAUAUCUGGUCCAUUGAUGAUUCUUGGUGACUUCAACUGUCUUCUUCAUUCUACUGAUAGAAAUAAUUCCAUGAGAGUAUCUACUAAGGAUACUAGAGAACUCCAAGAUCUUACGAUGGACUGCCAUAUUUUUGACCUCCAAUACUCCGGGGAGGAGUUCACUUGGUGUAACAGGCAUACUAAUGGUCCAAGAGUCUAUAUUAAGCUGGAUAGAGUAGUGGUAAACUCUGACUGGGUAGAUGUAUUUGGAGAAUCUCAUGCUAUUUUCUAUCCCCCUGGUGUCUCAGACCACUGUCUUGCUGUGAUCUCAUGUUUCAAUCAGUCCAGACAUAACCCUCCUUUCAGGUUCCUAAAUGCCUGGACUACUCAUGAGAAGUUCCUACCAAUGGUUGUUGAAAUAUGGAAAAAGCAGUAUGAUGGCUCUCCGAUGUUUAAUCUAGUCAUGAAAUUGAAGGAUGUUAAAAAGCAGCUAAAAACUUUUCAUAGAGUUCACUUUGGCAGUAUCUCUAAGAGAGUAAGACAAGCAAAAGAAGAUCUUGGAAGAACGCAACAUUCUCUACAGUUGCAACCUCAUGAUUCUUCCCUGAUGGCCUUGGAGAAACAACAGCUUGGUGUUCCAUUCCAUACAAAAGGAGGCUUGCUUGAUAUGUUUGGGAUUGAAGAAGGAAUCUACCUUUUAAGUAUUUGGGUGUCUCGCUUGUCUCUAAACGAUUAUCAUUGA